CCGACUCCCCUCAAGGGCGAUGCCGACAGCGCCGCGGCGCUUCCUUCGCGCGCUCUGCAGCUCCACCUUCAGGAUGGGUGACUCGGCCUCCCGGCUACCGCUGAUGGAAGAAGCGCUCCCCGGCAGGAGCCAGCGCAUCUCGGUGGCAGAUAAACACCAUGUCAAUGGAAACAGAAUGGUAGAACCUUUCCCAGAAGGAACACAGAUGGCUGUAUUUGGUAUGGGCUGUUUCUGGGGAGCUGAGAGGAAGUUUUGGAGACAGAAGGGAGUCUACUCCACUCAAGUGGGCUAUGCAGGAGGGUAUACUCCAAAUCCUACCUACAAAGAAGUCUGUUCAGGUAAAACUGGCCACACAGAAGCUGUACGAGUAGUAUAUCAACCAGAAAACAUCAGCUUUGAGAAACUGCUCAAGAUCUUCUGGGAGAAUCAUGACCCGACACAAGGAAUGCGACAAGGUAAUGAUGUUGGCACACAGUAUCGCUCAGCCAUCUACACAUACUCUCAGGAACAGAUGGAAGCUGCCUUGAGAUCUAAGGAAGAAUAUCAAAAGGUAUUGACGGAAGGCGGUUUUGGUCCCAUCACAACAGAAAUCCGGGAGGCUCCAGAGUUUUAUUACGCUGAAGAUUACCAUCAGCAGUACCUCAGUAAGAACCCUGGUGGAUACUGUGGCCUCGGAGGAACGGGGCUUUCCUGCCCCAUUGGGAUCAAGAAAUAGCCUGUGCUUUACUUUGUUUUAGGGAGCUUGAAAAGAAACCGAUGACAGUUAAGUGUUACAGUAUGCCUGCAGCAUCAGCACAUAAAGAUUUGGGAACCUGGUGGGGCACCUUGCAGUAAUCUGAGCAAUUUCCCAUUCACAGACACAAAAAGCCAAAGCAGAGGCAGAAAUUGUGCCUGUUGGCAAAUGCAGCUUCUUGCUCUGUGCAGCUCACAGGGUUUCUUUUCAAUCUCUUAAAAUGGAGAGAAAAGAAACUUCUAAAAGUUUGGCUUGAAAUGUUGUUAAAAAGAUGAAAAAGUGGUUGCACCUACUAACUGCUUUGCGUAGCUAAUGCCUUCAGACAUGUUUAAUUCCUUGGGUUAAUGAAUUGGCUUGUGCUAUUUGACUUCUGGAGACAUGGUUGGGCUCAUCUUGACUAUCCCAACCCUGUAAUUUGAUGUCUUUGAGAACAGUGAAUUUAUAAGAUCAGUAAUUCUCUCGCAAUUCCGUUUUCAGAGCAAUGUCUAAUAUAACCUGUAGUGUCUAUUUUCUGAAACAAUUUUAGUAAGAAAAAGUAAAAACUGUAACGUGGAACUUUGUGGCAGUUCCCAAAAGUCUAUAAAUGCAAAAAAGAAAAAAAAUUUGUU